CACGCACUCAAUCGUCGACAACAAUCGGAGCACCUCUUUCUCCUCUCCUCUCCUCUUCUUUCCUUCCCACCACGACCUGCCAACUCCCUAUUCUCCCCCUCACGGCCAAAAAAGGGGACGCCAACUGCGCGGAAUCUCGAAAGGAUGGAGCUCGAUUUCGACGACAUCGACAUUCCCAUCUCGGACGCACGACUAUCACACCUCUCCCCCGUCCCAUCUUCAGCCGUACCCGUCAACGCUGCCAACAAGCUCUCUUCCUCAGAUAUCGGUUCGAAGCGGGGUCACAAGGCUGCCGGCCGUAAAGGAGCUGGGGCUGGGUCGAACGUGCUCGAUAAGCAGCUCCAGGGAGCCGACCAGGACGAUCACGACCUAGACGACGGCUUAUUGAUAGGAGAUGACGAUGUGAUGGAUGGGACAGGCUUGAUGGAUUGGCAGUCGAUUGAUACGGGAGACUUUGACUUUAGCUCGACGUUUCCCUCGACGACACCACAGAUGCACGUCCGGACCGACCUCCCUCAUCCGAUCUCUCCCCGGUUGUUUCAAGAUGGCGCGGACGAGGAAGACUUGGCGACCCCUUUGACCGCCAGGCCGAUCGUGAACAGCUCGUCAAAUGCCCCUGCUGAGGCUGGUUUUACCGGAUUCUCCAACCAUGGAUUGCAGGACGAUUUCGCUGCCAGCUAUUCGUCCUCGGUAUCCGGAUUCGGCAUGCUUCAUAAUCAUCUCGGUCAUAGUCAGGGUCUUGGAGGAGCUCCCGGACAUACCUUUGGGAUGAACAUGCCUUUACAUCCUUCACAGGCGAACACUGGUGGGAUGCAGUUCGGUCUACCGCAGCAACAGCAACCGUUGCAACACCAGCAAGGAUAUCCUCAGCACCAGCAUAACGGGCAAGGACACGUUCAUUCGCAGUCGUUUGCCGGCCCUGGUCUGAGCAUGUCGAUGAUCAAUCCUCCAAAGUUGUUCGGACAGGAACACGGGCUACCUAUGCACCCAGGACAAGGCUUCUUGAAUCAACCUCUUCCUUUCCAACCUCAAGAUCAACAUUCGCAGCACCUGCAACAACCCGGUUCGCAGAUCCAAUCGAGCGUGCCUUCUUCGGCGCUCUGGCCCGGGUCGGCAUCUCUCCCGAACCUGAACCAUCUAGCCGGAUCGGGCUUGUCGUUUUCGUUACCAGGAUCUAGCUCUGGCAAUAUGACCGGAAAGAAGGCCGGAAAAGCUGGUGACAAACGACCGAAAAAACGGGCGAGGUGUAGUGAGGGGAGCGACGAAGAGGGACAACAGGUCGCCGCAGGGUCUACUUCUGGUUCACCAAAGGAGAAGGAGAAGAAGGUUGGCAAGGACAAGGAGUCCAAGCUGGAACAAGGAGGUGAUCUCGACAACGAGGUCGAUGAGGAUUCUGAUGCCGAGGGGACCGAGCUGGGGGAGAUCAACGACGAGGUCGGGUUGAAUGAGAGCGGAAUGAUGGGCAUGUCGUCCUCGAUGACCUCUUCGGCGGGUUUCGUCCCCGGAAUGCUCGGUUUGAGGGAUGGGAGCGUCCUAGACGUCGGCGCGGACGGAAUGAGCCCGGGAAGCACUGGAUCAGGGUUCGCCAAGGAUGGCAGUGCUGCUGCCGGUGGUGGGGAUGGGAACGACGACUCUGUCAGUGACCAAAAGGACGGAAAGUUUCGAUUGAAGGGCGGGUUGACAGUCCCUCUGGGCAAGAAGAAAAAGGUUCCUCCUCCCGGCGGGUUCAAACCAUGGAACACCUCGCCUUCAUCUUCCCACUUGCCCUCCGGAUCAGCUUGUAUUAACCCGGUCACGGGCGAGGUAGAAUUGCCUCCGAUGGACAAUCUCACCAAAGAGGAGAUCCGCAAAGUCAAGAAUCGAGCGUCGGCGCAGCGGAGCCGAACGAGGAAGGGCGAGUUGUUGGGCGGAUUGAUGGACGAGGUCAACAGGUUGAGGGAACGCUUGAGAGACGUGACGAACGGCGCAGAGGGUGGGGAUGGUGACGACGCUUCGAUGGGCGCCGAAGAGUUUCUACGCAAGACGCACGCUGCGAGAGCAGCUAGGGGCGGGAGCGUGAUGAGCUCGACGGGUUCCGUCGGGAGGGACGAGGAAAAGGAAGGGAUGAAGAUGUUGAUCGAACGUUUACGUGCCGAGGUGGAAAACGAGCGUAAAGCGCGAGAGGCCGCCGAGGCUCAAGGAUGGAUGUGGAAAAACAAGCACGAUCAAUUGAUCAGCAGUAUCGCCCUCGGAGCCGGGGAGACGAUCAAUCCAGGCCUCGUCUCAGACCCUCCCGCCUCGGUUAGGAACGCCAGGAGUGAAGAGGACAUGGACAAGACGACCCUGGGGCUACCCGAUCUGGACAAGAUGGGCGGCGAUGACGACGAGGAUGAAGACAGGCAAGACGCAGACGAGGAUCAACUGAUGGAACUGUCGUCUGCCGGUCAUCUCGAUGCCGCCGCCGCUCCGGUCAAGGUCGGCCGAGCGCAACUUGAAACAGUUAGUGAGUCUGAGGACGGCGGGCGAGACUUGGUCCAGGCGAAAAAGAAGGAAAAGGCGGUCGUCAAGGGAAGUCAAAGGGAUAGCAAGGGGGUCCUGAUGAUGGUCGUCCUCUUCUCUUUCGCCCUCUUCUCGCUACCGCCGCACAUGCGGACGCCCGGAUUUAACACGUCGACGGCUUUCCACAUGAGCACAAACGGUAACGCUGAAGCCGCCGCCUUGUUUGAGAAGCUCCUGCCCUAUAGUACCAAGGCCUCGUCAUCUGGGGACAUGGAUGUCGAGGGCGAGGACGAUACCGACGCGUUGUUGGCCAUCGCCGAUGCGGCUUCCAAGGGCGUCGUACCUACCUCUGCUCGUCGUCAACCCGUCAAGGGCCGCAAGAGCUUGUCGUUCACUUUGCUCAAACCCAUCGACGAGGAAAAGGCGGCCGAGUUCGAGAAGGCCGAUCGCAAGAGCCCUGGUGAACCCAACGACGGCUUGAACGCUGACGCCGACGCAACGCUUGGUGGCACGGUCGAGGAUGUGCUCGAAAAGUGGCUCGGAUUAAGCCUGUUUGACAACAAGAAUGGCGACAGGUCGGCCAAGGACGCCAAUCCUGAAGCUGAUACGACUGAUAAAGGCAUACCUGGUGGCUGGAUCGUUGUAAAGUCGAGCCUGACCGACGAGGACGGCAAUGCGAUCGACGCGGGUCAAAAGGACGACAAGAGGUUCGAACGCGCCAGCGAGCUGUCGAGCAGGUCCUCGACCGCUUCUCCGCUGACGACCGGCUUCAAGGCGCUGACCGCUUGGGAUGGUACGCCGAUCGAUCCGAUGCAGUUGGACGAGGACGUGAUGUCGGUUUCGCAUCACGGGCACGAGGAUAAUGACGACCAUGGUGACGGGUUCCUUCGAGCUUCGGUCCACGGGGACGGGUUGACGAUGCCGUUCGCUCCGGAUAGACGAGCCAAGCCCGACGGCCCUAGCCCCACUCUCGCUCCCGAGUUCCAGGAAGACCCUCUGGAUGAUGAACAGCGUAAUCAGCGUGCAGCUUCGGUUCCUACCCAUGGAAGUGGAAGUGCUUCGGGGACCAGCGCUCGUCGACUGCCCCCUUCGACCAGCUCGACCGAUCGACACCGUCGGCAGUCACUCUCCGUCCUCGGCAACGGUUUCCCCGGAAUCACCCCGAGUCACCUUGCCCCGAACGCCGCAUCCUCCUCCUCGUCAGCGACUCCAUCUACCGCACCCUCGCCCUCGGUUUCAGGCAGCAUUUCGUCCUCCCGCACGCUCCCCUCUUCGCCCAGCUCGGCUUAUGCGCCGACCAGGGUCCGAUCUAUGCCCUCGAGCGCGCUCAUGCGACUCGAAGAACGACCGGCUAACGAGAAAUACAUGAAGCUGGAGCUCGAGGUCGAUUUCGAGGUAGAGCUUACGUGUCGCGGAGUGAGGACGAGAAGCGGGACCACUUCUACGCCCUCUUCUGCAGCAAUGUCGAUGUCGAGCUCUCUAGACGGAGAGACCAUAGGGCGAUCCGACGCUUCAACCUUGCGUGCUGGCCCUGACCGUGGAGUCAGCUUGGUUGACAAGGAAGAGGUCGGGAGGUUGCUGAGCUCUGGGCUGAACUUGGGGGACAAGGGAGGGUUCUUGAAUCUGGGACUGUGAGCUGGGGUCGGGGCUUGCUUGACGAUCGACUGUGAUGAACAACGAGAUUACGAAUGGAGAAGGACUGGGGAUCGACUCUCGAUAUGAAAAUGGACAUAGAAGAAUCUCUAUCGGAACGACUUG